UUUCCUCACCCCCUCCUCCUUUCCGGGCAACUAAUAUAAAAACGCCAGCCAAGACCAACUCCAGAGUCAUAUUAUUUCCCAAGUAGCUGAUCCCAGACAGCUAAUUCCUUCCCUUAUUUCAUUCACUUUCAUACUACGAACAUAGUCCAUUCCGUCUCAAAAACCUCGACUUUCUUUGUUAGUUAACAAGGGUUUGAUGUGCUUUGGUUCAAAGAGUAAGCCUUGCCCCUCGGAUAUCGAUAUGGAUGGUAAAUUUCAAGCAAAGAGAGGAGGAGUUGUGGGUCAAAAUUGCUCAAAGUUGCUUGAAUUGUCUGCCACAGACGAUCUUGCUGGCUUCAUAUCUGAAGUAGAAGAAAAGGGCUGUGAUGUAAAUGAGUUGAGCUUUUGGUAUGGUAGAACAAUUGGUACAAAGAAGAUGGGUUUCGAGGAGAGAACCCCUAUCUUGAUUGCUUCGAUGUAUGGGAGCACCAAAGUUUUGAAGUAUAUUGUUCAAAGCGGCAAGGUUGAUGUCAACAGAGCAUAUGGCUCGGAUGGGGUGACUGCCCUUCACUGUGCAGCAGCUGGAGGCUCAGACUCAUCAGUUGAGUCUGUCAAGCUGCUGCUUGAUACUUCGGCCGACGUUAAUUCUCUUGAUGCCAAUGGAAAUAGGUCUGGUGAUCUGAUUGUUUCUUGCGUCAAGUCCUUGAGCAAUUCAAAGAGGAAAGCCAUGGAGAUGCUGCUGAAAGGCAUUGCUUCUGAGGCUGUUGAUGUAGGGGAAGAGCAAGGAAACGCAAGAGCUCAAUCAAAAGAAGGGGUUGAAAAGAAAGAGUAUCCAAUUGAUGUAUCCCUGCCAGAUAUAAACAUCGGUAUAUAUGGGUCUGAUGAGUUCAGAAUGUACAGUUUCAAGGUGAAGCCUUGCUCGAGGGCUUAUUCUCAUGACUGGACUGAGUGCCCUUUUGUCCAUCCUGGUGAGAAUGCUAGGAGGCGGGAUCCCAGGAAGUACCACUAUAGCUGUGUCCCUUGCCCCGACUUCAAGAAGGGAACAUGCGCAAAGGGUGAUGCCUGUGAAUAUGCUCAUGGGGUUUUUGAAUCCUGGCUUCACCCUGCCCAAUACAGAACCAGGCUUUGCAAGGAUGAGACUGGUUGCUCCAGAAAAGUUUGCUUCUUUGCUCACAAGCCUGAAGAAUUGCGACCCUUGUAUGCUUCCACUGGUUCAGCUAUGCCUUCACCUAAAUCUGUUGCAGUUACUUCAAUGGACAUGGCCACUUUGAGCCCGCUGACUCUAGGUUCAUCCUCGAUGCUGAUGCCAACUACUUCGACACCGCCCAUGUCACCUUCCACAGCAUGUUCGUCUCCCUUGGGAACAAGCAUGUGGCAGAACAAGAUGAACCUCACACCGCCUACACUGCAACUCCCAGGCAGCCGUCUAAAGACAGCUUUGAAUGCAAGGGAUCUGGAUUUGGAACUGGAAUUGCUUGGGUUGGAAAGUAUCCGCACGCAACAGCAGCAGAGGCAGCAACUGAUAGACGAGAUGGCUGGUCUCGCUUCACCAUCCCAUUGGAAUAACAAUAGGAUUGGGGACUUAAAGCCAACUAAUCUUGACGAUGUUUUUGGAUCUCUCGAUCCAUCCUUGUUGUCUCAUUUGCAGUGUCUCUCACCUAAAGUUCCUGCAUCUUCGAGCUCCCAGUUACAAUCUCCAUCUGGGAUUCAGAUGCGCCAAAAUAUGAACCAGCUCCGAGCGAGCUAUCCUGCAAACGUUUCCUCGUCGCCAGCGAGGAAGUCAUCAACGUUGGGCUUUGACUCUUCUGCAGCAGUGGCUGCAGCAGUCAUGAACUCAAGGUCAGCUGCUUUUGCAAAGCGUAGCCAGAGCUUUAUUGACCGUGGUGCAGGAAGCCAACGAGCUGGUCUGUCUUCUUUUUCUAAUUCCCAGAACAUGAUGGCCUCAAAGGUAUCAGAUUGGGGCUCUCCUGAUGGAAAGUUGGACUGGGGAUUCAAUGGUGAUGAUAUCAACAAGCUAAGAAAGUCUGCAUCUUUUGGUUUUCGCAAUGGUAAUGCUGCAGCAGCAGCAGCAGCAACAAAGGGGAUGAGUCCAAGUGUAGAUGAACCGGACGUUUCUUGGGUUAAUUCCUUGGUGAAAGAUGUUCCCUCUACGAAUGCUGGGCUCUACAGUUCGGAGCAGAAGCAUGGAGGGUUUAAUGACAUUUUGCCAUCCUGGAUCGAUCAAUUGUACAUAGAGCAAGAGCAGAUGGUGGCCUGACAAAUUUACUGCUAUCCAUAUGCUUUAUGGUCGCUUUUAACUUGAUUCAUAUUCUUUAUAUUCUUUUGAUAUUUCAUAUGUGUAGUUAGGCGUCUCAAAGAUAUAUAGUACUAGUAUAUGGUGAAACAUUCUGUCGUUGGAAGAUUUGGGUAAGGCAGGAAGACUAAUCGAUUAUUUAGACGGCAAGGAUUAGAAGGAAGUUUAAUAGUUUUCAGUUCUUUCCAUUCCCUCUAACUUUGGGGGUGUAUUGUGUACUGUACUAUGUAUUCCUCGAUACAAAAUGCAAUAAUUUUCCUGAUCAA